AUGGCCGAUAAUUUUGAUCUAUUGAAAAAUACAGCUAAUAGAGAUUCGACCACUUUAAAUACACAAGCUGGUAAAAAUAAAUCAAAUACCAAUGAUAAUCUAAAUCAUCCUACGUAUAAAAGUGUUUGGACGCGUCAAUCAUUAAGUGAUGUGAGCAGACCAAUGAGUUCACCCGACACACAACAAUCUCAAAUUUAUAUUAUUGAACAAAGAACAAAACCAUAUUGGGAAACUGGAGAAGAUUCUGUUGAAGAUUGGCAUCAAGAUCAAACGGAACGUCAUCAAGGCAAGUAUUUACAAAAAAAGCUUGCUAGUACAGUUCCGUUAGAGUUAAAAUUGAAAUUCACAUGUGUUGUUCUUUUAUCUCAUUAUACUAAUAUGAGAUAA